CGGGUAGUUCCGCUUCCGGCAGCGCCAGAUAAAUCUCAAGAGGAAGCUUAAAUCCUGUCGUUUGAAUUUAGGACCACCUCGGGGACAAAGUGUACAAAGCUUAACCAAAUAUGAUCCUGACAUUCCUCUUGCAAAACUACAAGUUGUUCACAAUGGUCCGUAGUGGAAAAAAUGGUGAUCUUCAUCUUAAACAGAUUGCAUAUUACAAACGAACUGGUGAAUAUCAUCCAACUACACUGCCAAGUGAAAGAAGUGGCAUAAGAAGAGCAGCAAAAAAAUUUGUCUUCAAAGAAAAAAAGCUGUUUUAUGUUGGAAAAGACAGAAAACAAAAUCGUUUGGUAAUUGUUUCAGAAGAGGAAAAAAAGAAAGUCUUAAGAGAAUGCCAUGAAAAUGACAGUGGAGCUCAUCAUGGGAUAUCCAGGACCCUCACUCUGGUAGAAUCCAAUUAUUAUUGGACAUCUGUGACCAAUGAUGUCAAACAGUGGGUAUACGCUUGUCAGCAUUGCCAAGUAGCAAAAAAUACAGUUAUUGUAGCACCGAAACAGCACCUUCUCAAGGUGGACAAUCCAUGGAGUUUAGUUACUGCUGAUCUGAUGGGGCCUUUUCAUACAAGCAACAGAAGUCAUGUGUAUGCUAUAAUCAUGACAGAUUUAUUCACCAAAUGGGUUAUGAUUUUGCCUCUUUGUGAUGUUUCAGCAUCAGAAGUUUCUAAAGCUAUUAUCAAUAUAUUUUUCUUAUAUGGACCUCCUCAGAAAAUAAUAAUGGACCAAAGAGAUGAAUUCAUUCAACAGAUCAAUGUUGAACUGUGCAGAUUGUUUGGCAUAAAGCAAAUUGUAAUUUCUCCUGCCUCUGGAACUGUUAAUCCAACAGAAAGUACACCUAGCACAAUCAAAACAUUUCUCUCCAAACACUGUGCUGACCACCCAAACAAUUGGGAUGAUCACCUGUCAGCUGUUUCAUUUGCCUUCAAUGUAACUCACUUGGAGCCUACAAAAAAUACACCAUAUUUUCAAAUGUUUAAUCGAAAUCCUUAUAUGCCUGAGAGUUCAGAUAGCGUUCAUGAAGUGGAUGGUGAUAAUGCAAGUAUGUUUGCCAAAAUUCUAGAUGCAAUUAAAGAAGCUGAUAAAAUAAUGGAGAAUAAGACAACUUCAAUGGGCCAGAUGGAGAACAACAAUUUGGAUGAACUAAAUAAAAGCAGGAUCAUUGUUAAAAAGAAACCAAAGCAAUUAAAUCCAUUUCACUUAAAAGUGGGUCAUGAAGUUUUAAGACAAAGGAAAAAUUGGUGGAAGGAUGGUCGUUUUCAGUCUGAAUGGGUUGGUCCUUGUGUCAUAGACUAUAUUACAGAAAGUGGAUGUGCUGUCCUGAGAGACAACACUGGGGCUAGACUGAAAAGACCUAUCAAAAUGUCUCACCUUAAGCCCUACAUAAGAGAAUCCAGUGAACAAGAAAGUCUAUAUCUCUUGCACGGUUCAGUAGUGGCAGAUCAUGACUACAUUGGAUUGCCUGAUAUUCCAGUUGGAGCAUACCAAGCAAAUAUUCUGGUGGAAGAUGCAACUAUUGGUAUAGUUGAUAAUGAAUUACUGACAUCAAGCAAGGAUCGUGAACUAUUAGAAUAUAGAAAUACGAAAAUCUCUCCAUUGAUAGAUGAUCACAGUACUCUUGAAAAGCAGACUUUCAGUCUGUUGGACUCUUCAAACCAGGUUCUUGAAUACUUAAGUUAGUAAAUACCAAAAUUUAUUUAAAGUGCUUGUUUAGAAUGUAUAAACUCUUAAUGAUAUCUUAUUCAUUAAAAACGGUUGUAUAGAAGAAA